GUCUGUACACAACUCUCAAACAGAGACAACGCAAUUCAGCAUGUCCAGUUUCUUCGUCACAACUGAUAAGCUUCGAAUCUACUUCUUAAUCACCCUGCUAAUCCUAACCUCAAAGCUCACAUCAUCCGAACCGUGCGGAACACGGCACAAUUCAACUUGGCCAUGGCACGUCCAACUGGUGGACGCAAACCCAACCAAUCGGACCGUCUUCUGCGCUGGCACCCUGCUCAGCGCUCAGCUGGUGAUUACGGCGGCCCAUUGUCUGCACGACCGUAACGGAGAUCCCAUCGAGCUCGACCGGCUGCUGGUGCUGUUGGCCAACGGUGACCUUAGACCUGCCACGAACACAUUUUACCCCAAACCGUACGAUCCGAAACGGUUAGACCACGACGUGGCAAUGGUGGCGCUGGAUCGGAAGGUUGCGUUCAGCAAUCUGGUUGGACCCGUUUGUUAUGCGGAUUUCGGUAAAUUUGAAGAUGUUCGGAGCCCUGCCUUCGGGGAUCGUUCGUUGGAAAUGCAGAACGAGGAAGCUUGUCGGCAGACGACCACCAAGCUGUUUAAAUUGACGUACGAAAAGGCGAUUUGCUUGGGCGCGUUUAAUGAAUCCCACCAGUACAAUCAAAAAGCUGGCAGUGGGCUGGUGAUCGAUUCCGGCUCCACCUGGAUUCUAGUCGGCGUUCUGAUGUACACAACGGGGCAAUCCGCGGACCAAAUUGACUAUGCCGGAGGAGUCAGCAUCGAGCGCUACUACAAGUGGAUCGGACGGGUUAUAAACCACUUCUCGGAUCCGGAUCUCGUUAAUAAAAAAUGCAAGCAGUACACUGGUGGUCGUGAAGCAAUUUCAAACAUCCUGUAUUCAGUGCAUGUAAUGGAUACACAGGUGAACCAGCUAUGCCAUGGAGUGAUCGUGAGUCCUCGUUUCGUGGUGACGAUAGCAGAAUGUGCUAAGAAAACUAAACGUAUAAUGGUCUACAAUGGGCAGAGUUUUAAAAGUCAGGAAGUCUUUGCCAAAGCAAAGGUGCACUAUGAAGAAUGGAAUAACAAAUUGGCACUCAUUGACCUAGGUCGUAACAUAAGUUCUCCCGGCUCGGUCAUCAGUUGUCUGUGGAAUGGACGCGUAGUGCAGAACUUCACCAAGGUCCUGUCCCUUCGUGGUGGGUCCCUGGCAGAGCAAUACGUAAGCCACGUCCAGUACCGACCGGGAUCGCCGCUGCAGGUCCGUUAUCGCUGUCCGGCGCACCAGCAACACUCUUGGAAUAAAACUUUCGGCGAUCUGAUUGGAGUUAAAGUGGCUCGAGAACAACGGCCCCGGAUUGCGGGCCUGCUGGACGGAGUUCCCCCGUGUGAUACGUUUGACCAUUUCUACAACAGGCAGAGAACGGCCGAGGCCAUCAGCUUGCAGCAGUACUUGCCCUGGAUUGAGGAUCUCGUUUGGAGGGGUGGAUCGGGAUAAGAAAACCGCUUUAGUCCAAUCUUACCCCUGCUGACGGUUAAAAAUUUCCUACUCAUCUAACGAAUGCAAUCUUCUUACGCAACUGUAACUUUGGAAAGCAACGAGGUUUAUUUUAUUGAUUUAGUUACGAUAGAAUCCGAAUGUUUUCUUAAAUAUUUUAAUUACAAAACAAAAUUGUUUUAAUUUUGCUGAUAACAGUCCCAAACGUACUUUCCUGCAUAAAACUAUCAGUAAAUCUCGCCAGUUGCAGUUCAAUCGUGUAGCGAAGAGGAUCAGCGAUUUACAGGGACGUUCAGCUACAAUUUUCAAUCAUGAAAUUGAAAGAAGCUGGUUCCUCGGCUGGUUCUCACGAGCAUCAUCACGGACACCACUGCGGUGGUGGAAAGUCGCCAGCUCCGGCAGAUGGCGCAGCUUCACGAUCGUUAGUGGAACCGAUAGUAGAGUAGUUUGGGCAAAUAAAUAUAAAUCAUUGCAAGCCAGUUGCAAAACCUCAAAUGAUUACAAUAAAUCAAUGAAGUGAGUUAAAGAAAAAAAGGUCUAAAAUAAAAA